GCGCGGCUCCCGGGCAGCGGGUGCGGACCGGGUCCCCGCGCGGGGCGGGCCGGAGCCUUCCGGGCCUCCCGCCCCCUCGGGCCGGGCCCUCGGCGCACUGGGUCGCGGCCUGCAGGCGGCCGGGCCAUGGGCAGCGGGAGCAGCCGGAGCGGCCGGGCCCUGCGGCGGCUGCGCGGCUCCGACCGUCCCCCGGCGGGGCGCAGCGGGCCGGCUCCCGAGGCCGGAACGGCCCCCGAAGAGGCGCGGGAUGGGGCGGCGGCGGCGGCCGGCGGCGACCCCGGCCCCGCGGCGGCCCCCGACAGCGGCGAUGACACGCUGCGCCUGCUGGACCAGCUGCUGGCCGAGUCGGCCGCUUGGGGCUCCGGGGAGCCCACCCCGCGCCGCCCGGCGCGACCCCCAGCCACCGCGGGCGCCGGGAGCCGGGUGACCCCAGAAGACGGCCUGGGAAGUGGCAGUGUGCGAGUGCUCCAAAGCCCAGGCGGCAGCCCGGAGGGUCCCAAGAGGCAGCUGGCCGUCUCAUACGACUGCUCCGAAGAGGAGCUGAUGGCGAGCAUCGAGCGGGAGUACUGCAGCUGAGGCCGUGGUCCCCUGCCUC